ACCAGCUUUCCUUUUUUGUAAAGUCAUAUUUUCAAUUAUGUUACUAUUCAUAUUUACAACAAAGAUUACUCAAUUAAAGCAUUAACUGUGUAUAUAUGGGGAACAUUAACACCAUGUAUUUGGGCGAGUCCUUUCCCACUGAGAUACCCAGGGUUUGCACCAACACUGAAAUCUGACCCUCUGGAAACAACACAGACAGCAAUUACCUUGGAUUGUUCACAGUCCUGGGUACCACUUGGGACUGAGCUCCCAAGGCACAAAUUAGAAUCAGUUUUGUCAUUUGCAUUCUUUUUUCUCCAACCGUGGAAAUAGGAGUGAACACUGUAAUAACAACUCUCAGAUCUCACACAGGUGAUGUUAAAUGCCAUUCAGGCCAAUGAAGCAUUUAGCAGUCUCAGCAGGAAGAAAAGUAAAAUGGUAAAGAAUUACUAAGAGAACCACUUCUCUGCAUUUCUCUCCCCAACAGUAAUGUUCCCACCACAUUCACAGACCCUUACAAGCUCGCUCUGCUAGCAUUUCUGUCAAUGAAAUAGUUAGAUUUCUUUCUUUCCCUUUGUGUUCCUUGAAGUCACAUUGGGCUGCCUUUAUCUUAGCCAAUUACUGCAUUCUUCGUCAGGAACACUUAAGGAUGGAUAUAACUCAGCACAUGAAAACAAAGGUAACAGUUGUACUGAUACAAGAAUUCAGGUUAUGGGAGUCUAUUAUCUGCUCUCCAUUCUAUACACAGGACCUGCUGUCUAUUACUUGGGUUUUUCCCUGGUGUAAUAAGGAGAAUACAGACUUAUUAGUCUAAAUAAUAAGAAAAUCCUACUGUAUACCAUUUAUACUUUCAAGCAGCAGCUGUCAGUAUUAAGUAAUGCACAGUUCAAUUACCCUGUUACGUGCAGCAGAGGAUUACAUUGGAACAGUUAAUGGAGGAAGACUGGAGGAAGUGGGCACAUCCUUACCUACAAUGGUCUAGACUGUCUGUACAUCAGGAGAAAUGAGGAAAAACAUAACUGAAAAACAUACAACAGUGCAAAGCAUUCAAGCAUGUUUCAAGAGUCUUUAUUAUCAUAGAAUGGAAUCGUAGAAUGGCCUGGGUUGAAAAGGACCACAAUGAUCAUCUAGUUUCAACCCCCUGCUAUGUGCAGGGAAAUUAUGAUUUAUUAUGUUUGCCAUUAAAAUAGAAAUCAGACUUCUUGUGAUUACUAAUUGAUCUGUUUCUCAAGUGUGCAUCUAAACCAAUUUGUUAAUAAAACGUUAUUCACAAGCCUGCUGUUACUUCUGGCCCGUUUAGUGUAGAAGAGCUGCUUAUGUCUUAUUGUUGAAGCACUGAAUUUAAGGAAAAGCAAGCAAUUUUGCAGCAAGAAAUUCAAAAGCAGAUGCUGCAAACAAGAGGAGAACGAGCAAAAUCGUUCAGUGUUUCCAAACUUGAAGAGCUGGCCCUGCCACAACCACCAGGAUCACAUCAGUCUGAGUGAGUUAAGAAUCAAGUCACGGCCCAGCAAAUUGUUGCAAUUAAGGAAAUCAACACAUACAAACACUGGUAAUAAAUGAAAAUGAGUAUAGCAAAACAAACUUCUUUCAAAUACUCAUUCUCAAUGCAAAAACUGUGAGGUGCAGUGUAGUUACAGGAGUGUAUUAUUUGGGUUAUGGCACUCUAGUGUUUACUUUCUGCUCUGCUACUAGAACUGGAAUCCAGCCUUAAAGCUUUGCUGUUACCCACAUUGGCUUCUGCUAUCCUUAAUGCCUCACACCUCCCAGCAGCAUGUUAUAGAAAUGGUAAAAACCUGAGAAAUACAUACUGCAAUCUGUUGUGUCAGUGCAUAAGAUAGGAGUGCUAGGUAAUACAUGGCAGCAGUCUCCUCCCUUUUUCCCAAGUGCACGGUCUGAUUGCUCAUAAUUUGCAAUUCUGAAGAAACACUAUAGAAAUAACACUAUAGAAAUCACUAUUUUUCCUGCACUGGAGAACAUGAAAUACUGAACAGAGCCUCAAACCAUUCACUAACACAGGCUGGUGAGUUACGGCGAAGGUAAAGGUGAUGAUGGAGUCGUUUAAACAACACUUCUUUCUUUCUUGUUUUCUUUUGUUGUUUAUGUGCCUAUAGUUUAGAAUGUUAAAGUGAUUGAGAAGACUUACCUCCUUUCCAGUACUUGAAUAGAUUCCAUAUUCAACUCCAAAUUCUCCACGUGGCAUCCAGCCGUAGCAUUCAGUGAGGUCCCAACCUACAGGCAGACAUUCACUUCUGUUUUCACAGUCUUCAAAUCCCACUGGCUUCAAGACAGGCUGUUCUAAAAGCCCCUGCAGCUGCAGGUCUGCAGGGUGCACAGAAUCAAGGCAGAAGGCUUCUGGGUGUAUCAGGAAUCCUUGAAACCACACAAUACAGGCAGAUCAUUUGUUGCUAUGUUCUCUUCUCUUUACAGUUCCCUUAGCAGAUGAUGGUUAUGUCUGAACUCGGGGCUGUGUGUCCCCCACCCCCAAAGCACACAACAGAAUUCAGAGCAGGCAACCUUUUAAAUAAGAACAAUGGUAACAGUGUCCAUCUUAGUUUAAAUCAAAGAAAUCAUCAUACCACAGAAAAAGAUAUCUAAGUAACGUUGUGUGACAGAAUCUGCUCUGUCAUUCAUUGCAGGGGACCCCCAGUCUGUUGUCUUCACUCAUAAAAUCCUUGAAUUCUAAGGAUGCAUCACGAAUAAACUAUGAAUUGUGGUUGGAUGCUGUAACUGCAAUGCACAGUUACUGCUAUUGGCCAGUGUUGUUGGCACGUCUGCUAGGGUGGGGUGGGGAUGAGCAAAGUUGUAAUCGGAAGUAAAAUGCACACAAAUUGUGUCAAAGCAUCAGCAGGAGAAUCUCAAAUCUCACCGCUUCUUAAAUGCUCUUUUUGCAUUACAAUAAACACGAAUCUUUGAAACGAAAGUUUUUGUGUGUUCACACUGGAGUUUCUUACAUUGUUUUAACACGGACUCCAAAAGGUUACUUCUUUUAGCCUUCUGUAGCCAUCCGAGCUGUUUUAACAUGCUGCAGCAAGGGGAACCGGUGGUACCCUGGGUGUAGAUGCCAUCUGAAAGAAAAGGUGACAGUCAGCAACAGCCCUGGCUGGGAAGGUCAGCCCAGCAGCACUGUGUUGGAAUACAUUUUUUGAGACAGUUCUGUUGGGCCCCCCUUUGCUUGGGCUUGGUGGAAGCGAUAUAAAACAAGGCGAGUGGCUGCCCAUAGGAAACUUCCACUGAAACAACAGUUUUAAGUCCUCCUGUUGAUACGUAAGAAGGAACCAUUUACAAGAUGCUCGUGCACCAUCAAGUCCACGCCAAGUUAUUUCCUAAUUCAGCCAUUCAAAAUGGAUGAAGUCAUUCAUAUAUUUUCAGACUGGAAAAUAUCAUGUAAUAUAAAAUAACGCAUAUAUCAAAUAUCAUAAAAUAUCAUAAAAUAAAGAUGAGAAUUGCCCUAAAUUAUUCCAGUGAAGUUACAGAGCAUGUUUUCGGGAUUCAAACAACAGGUGGGAGUAGAACAUUAGAGCAGGGUUGGUAUCAAGAGACGUAGGUGAUAAAUGGGAGCCAAAGCUGCCCAGAGCACUUCUCAGAAGCAGGGCAGCUGCAGAUAGGGAUUCUCAGCACGUACCAACACCCAGGGCUAGUCCUUCCCAUGUGCUCGAAUCACAAGCUCAAUGGGGCGAGCAGUAUCUGAAUUAUGUGCAUGCACAGCUUUUUCUCAUCAAUUCAGCAAUAAACGUAGCAAGUUCUAAUGGUGGUGCUGAUGUUUGCAUAUUAAGAUACCCAGCAAGCCAAAGGCAAAAGCAAAAACAAUCAUUUAAGACUCAAUGCUCUGCCAGGAGCUCCAGAACAUCCUGCGGGUCUUGGGAACGCUCAAACCAACCCAGUGGUCACUCGUCUCUACUGGAGGGCUGUACAAAGGCAAACCAAGCUGCCGAGGCAAUAUUUUUGCAGCCCAAAGCCCUCGGCAAGGGCUGAGAGUGGCUCAGCCCAGCCCACCACAGCUAGAGCUCAGAGGAGACUCUACAACCUUCCAACAUCGGCGAACGCAACUCUUCCUUGUAGGCACUCUACCUCUUCCUUCUCUAAAAUGAACGGGGCCAAAAGGAAGCCUUGUUUUUCCACUCUUGUUCUCUUAGUUUUCUUUCCAUAGCUUAUUUUUCCAUGCUGGCAGACCUUCUAUCCCUUCAUUUUCCUCUCCCCGUUUCCCUCCCUUUCCCCCUCCCCCUGCUUUCUCUCCCUCUGCACUUUGUGAACUGCUGCUGCAGUGCUGAAGUCCAAAGUUCAGUAACUUGCUAAGCACACAGAUAAAUAUGAACCUUGGAGAAUUUACCAAUGUAAACAGAUAGCCAAGGGUCCCUUUAUCAGCACUGGCUCAGGACAGUCGUGGGGGGUCCGAAGUGGCUCAAUUUUGUAUUUUGUUUUUUUUUGGGGGGGAGUAAAGGCGGGAGGCUGCGCUGUGCCCGCUGCUGACAGUCGGGCGUGUUACCUCAGGAACAUGGUGUAGGGAAGCUGGAAGCAGGGGAACGUGGAACUCAAACCCAAGGAACACCAGCCUGAAGACCAUGGUCUCGAAGCUGAGCCAUCUUCAAGUGGAGCUGCUGGGAGCGCUGCUGGAGUCGGGGCUAACCAAGGAGACCCUGAUCAAGGCACUGAGCGAAGUGGAACCCUACGUGCUCCAGAGUGAAAGUCAGCAUGCUAUCAAUGCCCUGCAGACAGAGAAAGGGGAGUCCUGCCCCGAAAUCCCCAAUCUCCCCAAUGGAAUGGGGGAAACCAGGUUGUCGGAAGAUGAAACCUCUGAUGACGGGGAGGAAUUUACCCCUCCGAUAAUGAAGGAGCUGGAAAACUUGAGCCCUGAAGAGGCUGCUCACCAGAAGGCUGUGGUGGAAAGACUAUUACAAGAGGAUCCCUGGCGGGUAGCAAAGAUGGUGAAAUCCUACCUCCAACAGCACAACAUCCCUCAGCGUGAGGUGGUGGACACUACUGGUCUGAACCAAUCCCACCUCUCACAACACCUCAACAAGGGCACUCCCAUGAAGACCCAAAAAAGGGCAGCCCUCUACACCUGGUACGUCCGCAAGCAGCGAGAGGUGGCCCAGCAAUUCACACAUGCUGGCCAGGGCGUCUUGACAGAGGAGCCCAUGGGAGACGAUCUGCCCACCAAGAAGGGACGAAGAAAUCGCUUUAAAUGGGGUCCUGCCUCACAACAGAUUCUGUUCCAAGCCUACGAGAGACAGAAGAACCCAAGCAAAGAAGAGAGAGAGGCACUGGUAGAAGAGUGCAACAGAGCUGAAUGUAUUCAGAGAGGCGUUUCCCCAUCUCAGGCCCAGGGUCUGGGCUCAAACCUGGUGACCGAGGUGCGAGUUUACAACUGGUUUGCCAACCGCAGGAAGGAGGAGGCCUUCCGGCACAAACUGGCCAUGGACAACUUCAGUGGGCCGCAGCCCACCUCCGCCCCCCCCCUAACUCCUCACAACUCCUCCUCCCUUCAGCCGCCUCCCGCUCUCUCACCCACCAAAGUUCAUGGAGUGAGGUACAACCAGCAGCCGGCCAGCGAGGCAGAGUCGUCCAGCAGCAACCACCACGGGAACAGCUCCAUGGUGACCACACAAACCAUCCUGCAUCAGGUUUCUCCCCCCGGGCUGGAGCCCAGCCAGAACCUACUGAGCACAGACACCAAGCUGAUCUCAGCUCCCGGAGGAACUCUGCCCCCCGUCAGCACCCUGACUGCCCUGCACAGCCUAGAGCAGAACCCCCACGCGCUGGGCCAGCAAACUCAGAACCUCAUCAUGGCCUCACUGCCCGGCGUGAUGGCAAUCGGAGCUGGUGAGACCUCAUCCCUGGCACCUGCAUUCACCAACACCGGCGGCUCCACCCUGGUAAUAGGCCUGACUUCAACCCAGCCCCAGAGUGUACCUGUGAUAAACAGCAUGGGGAGCAGCCUCACCACCCUGCAGCCAGUCCAGUUCUCCCAGCAGCUGCACCCGUCCUACCAGCAGCCCCUCAUGCAGCAGGUCCAGAGCCACAUCAACCAGAGCCCCUUCAUGGCUACCAUGGCCCAGAUACAGAACCCUCAUGCUCUCUACGGCCCCAAGUCUGAAGUGGCCCAAUACACACAUACAGGCCUCCUACCACAAACCAUGGUGAUAACAGAUACAGCCAAUCUCAGCGCCCUGACUAACCUGACACCAACUAAACAGGUAACAGCCUUAAAACCAGGCACUAUUAACUCUUUUCUCCAGGCAUUCACAUCUGACUCAGAAACCCACACAGACUCUGGGAUCCAUACACCAGUAUCACAGGCACCAGCAAUACACCUACAGAACCAAGACACAACCAUCCAGCACCUUCAGUCUGGCCCACGCCUCACCUCAAGCCCUGCUGUGUCCUCCAGCAGCCUGGUGCUGUACCAGAGCUCUGACUCCACCAACAGCCACAGUCAGCUGCUGCCAUCCACUCAUAACGUCAUUGAGACCUUCAUCUCCACGCAGAUGGCAUCCUCCACUCAGUAACACCAAGACAACCACCCAAAGGGAGGCUGCCAGGACCAAGGCAUAAGGUGCAACUCCAACUGUGUUUGCCAUCACUGUCACCACUGCCUUCCACUGGAAGGAAUGGUUGCUGCGGUCAGCCAACCUCCAGCCCCUACUGCCUCAUAAAUCCCUCAUUCAGCUGCCUCCAGAGGAGAUGGCUCAGGCUCAGAGCAGGAGCUAUGGAACAGUGAUGCCGGCACCGAUAGGAUCCACUGACCCCCAAAACCAAACCCAACCCCACAAGCCAGCCUAGAAUGAGCAGACAUCCUUGUGGAUGCUGAAGGAGUGCUACAAAGUCAGAUCUGACUGGAAUACAGCAAAAAAUGCCAAGACGUCUGUGGAACUUUGGUUCUGCUCACCAUUACUAGGUUGGACCUGUACAAACCUGCCAACACCAAAGCAAGCCACGCAGAAAAGAGAAAAAUUGAGCUGCCAAA